UCCCUCCCUCUGCGCGCUGUGCCGCUCCGCUGCUGUGAGCCCUCAGUGUCUGGAUCUGUGUUGUAGAUAGAUGGGCUAGAUGCCACACGCCAUUAGCUUACAGGUUGCAGAGGUUAAAAGUUUGAUUUCCCAUUUUUUGCCGUUCUUCUUCUUCUUCUUCUUCUUCUUCUUGUUUUUGGGGCUUUUUUCUCCUUUGCUUGGAUACCGCUGACUUAGGCAUUGGAUAUGUGCACACAGGAUGAUGACAACCCCUUUCCUCCCCGUAGAAGUAAAAUAAAAUAGUCUUUCGCACACACUGGAUUUACUCCUGCCGUUCCAUAUGAAGAAGUCAAAAAUUUGGAUACGCAUUUGUGUCCAUUUACUGCUGUUCAUCACGCUUGGGGUACAUUCAAGUAAAUUUGACGUCAACCCAGUGACAGAUGACAUCUCGAGACUCAUUAUUUUGAGACAAAAUAUUCCUAAAGAUUACAAAAUUCCUGUACGUUUCGUUCCAAAAGAAGAGGGUGGGAUGUGUUGGGUAAAAUUAAAUGUCUUCUACCUGGAGGAGAGUUUAAAGGAUUUAGCACAUAAGUUUGGCAACAUUUCAUCCAACAGAAAAGAUAUUAGCAUAUUCGUCCAAAUGAUCCAAGAACUGCGGUUCAACUUAGGGUCUGUGGAGCCGAUCAUGUAUGAUUUCGAGUGCCACUACAGGGAAGAGAGGUGGCAGACAGCGCGAUACUUUGACUUCAUCAGAGACUUCCUUAUAGCUGCACAGAAUAGAGAAGAUUCAGAUGACUGUGAUCCUCCUCCCUGUCCCACCACACCAUACACAGUAACAACAGAAGAAUAUUUAAAAGAAUCACCCACGUCCAGCAGUAAAAGCUCCGAGUGUGCAACAGGCUGCAAACCGCAUCCUGAACCGAGCGCCCUGACUGAGGUGGUGGAGCGAAGCCUUCUCUCCUUACUGUUCAUUCCUCUCCUAGCCCUGGUAUUCCUGCUUGUGUGGAAGGUCCGGUCACGGAGGAACGAGGAGGAUCUUCAUCAGAAUCCUGGAGAAAGUGGACUCUUCACAGGAACAGAAGGGACUGCACCUCCACUAGAUGCUGAAAUAUCAGAAAAAAACAAGUUGAACAUCAUUGAAACCGUGUAAUGCUUCUAUCCUUUGAUGUACUUCAGCAUAAUUGGGCUCUAUUCUUUUCUACUGUCGGUGUCCAAAGGUGAUGAGAAACAAACUUUAAGAACAAUCUCCAUAAUGAAAUAUCAAGAGGUAAAAGGCCUGUUUUUGACUUCUCUCCAGAUUCACGAUGGCAGAUUCACAAUUGCCAUGAUCCUUCUGGUUUUCCUUCUGGAAAAAGCUUGCCUUUUCUUGUAAGACUGCAUUAACCCCAUGCUUUUGAAAAAGACUGUGAGAUUUUAGCAGAGAGAAACCCCCACACCACUCCCCACCCCCGACUGGAUUCUCUGGCUUCCGCGAAUUGUUCAUCAGUACCUGCUGCAUCAUGAACUCUUUUGGGAAAAACUUUGCUUCUCCCUCAGCCAUUGCUACAGUCUUUCUGUAUUUUUGGGCCCGCCAGUUCAUCUUCCAUCAACAAUCAGAGAGUGACUGACACAGGUUGUUUCUUGUAUGAACUAAGGCAUAAAUUACUACCUCCGGUGACCCUCACGUUAACCACAUCCUCAACAGCUCUACAGUUCCCUCUUAGUCCAGGGUUUCCCAAAGAAUAUAAUGUUAAACAUUGUAGUUCCAAGGUGUAGUCACAUUGUCUGGUUUAGGCAUGUACCCACAAGAGUGUAUGAUGUAUUUAUUUAUUAGUGGCAGCACUGAGCUGCUGCUGUUGAUACAAUUGAAAUGUUUCAAGCGAUCAUUUAAGAGCACCUCUACUAAUGGGUCACAUUUAAAGAACAAUCUGUAUAAUAACACAUCGUAAACCCUUCAAACACAUUCCUGAACAAGUUUAAUUUCCUCAUAUGAUGUUGUUGUCGGUAUAUAUGAUUAUUGGUGAACUAGGAUGUGUGAAUGGAUUACAUGGAGAGAAAAAACAUAUACAAAAUAUGCUGCUUUGACUAACUUACAUUUAGACCACUGAAAUCUGCAAUGACAUUCUUCUAACGAGUAUCAGGGAUGACUUCUGUGGAUUUAAAAAAAAAAGGUGAAUUCAGAACGUACGUUUUAGACAACAAUGGGCCUCCUAUAGUAAAUGUUAGCUCAACAAUGCCUUUAUUUUUUACUUAUCUCACCUUUAUGCUUGCAAGGCAAAUACUGUUACAGGAGAGACUUGUGACAGCUAUUCCUCUGUGGUGAUAAGAAAAGAAAAUCAGUAAAAUUGAUCAAAGAAAGAAAAACAGUUUGUAGACAGAAAAAUGAAUUAUAAGAUAAAAUACACAAAUGUUAUAUGAUAAAAAAAACUUAAAUCAAGCUAUCAAAUCUUGACUGUUCACUGAAUGACCAAAUAUACUCACCAGAUAUACUCACAACUCAAACCCAUUAGCUUAGACUGUUUAUUCACAUGGUGUAAUCUGUUCUUACUGGCUUUGCCUUUGUCCGUUAUCAGUGUCGUGUUUGCAAUAAAACCAAUUAUAGACAAUCUGACAAACCUAGUUAGUGCAUUUAUCAAGACUCAAAUGCUAAUGAAAUACUGAAGGAUGAUACCACUGUUUAUGAAAUUUAUGGACAUGCACCUUAGUUAUUUUCACAAUCCAAAAAGUUCGCCACAUGGGAAUGCCAUGCAGACCUAAAUAUUAAUUUUGCCUUAAAGUUGCGCCAUAAUACACUGUCAAAGGAAGUGCACUGUCAUCUCCUUCACAUACUGAACUGUCAUACAAUGGUGUAACUUUCAAAAAGUUUUUUUUUAAAGAAGCGUGAUGAGUUAGAGUUGUUUCCGGUCUACAGAGAUCUGUAUGAAGGGCAGGAAAUCAUUCACAGGUAGUCAGAUCCAAGCAGCUAAAGUGAGGUUGUUCAAUUCACAUGUAUUUAUACAAUUGCAGAAGCCCUCAGGCUCAUUCAAAUGUUAAAUCAAUGUGCCCCUACCUACCUCCUUCCUCUUAUGCACUCUCAGAUCUGAUAAGUCAAGAGCUGGAGGUGCUCUCUGUCUCAGAGAUAACAGAUAUUAUCAGAGCUGUGAGGACAGAGGGGUUUAAACACAUUUAAAAAGGGGUUGACUCCUACUAAGCCUUGCCCAAACUCGAAGUAAAGUAGAUCAAUAAUGAACUAUAGGUAUAGAGGUCAUUAUCAAGAGUAUUAAUGAAUCAGUGUGAAUGAAUAAUGAAUCAGUAAAGAGGUAGGAGUGUGAACAGGGCACGCUGGCUGUGACCUUUCCCAUCAGGCCGCCCUGCUGCAAAUAGCUGACAAUGAUUUAGUGGCAGGACACAAACAUCUGUUUCUGUAUCUAUUUUGAGUAUUUCUAUUAUGUUUGUGGUCUUACAUUGUUCCAUGUCCAUUCUUGGUUUUGUGCCUUGUUUGAUAGUGUGAUUGACUACGUGUGCAAAUGUCAAAAGCCUGUCUAUAUUUCUGUGUGGUGGCAGAAAGUGGAGAGAUCAUUACAUGGCAGAAUAGAAUAAUCUCACCACAAUAAGUAUAUAUACAUAUAAUAUGACCCCCAAUCUCUCUCUCUUUUUUUAAAUAAACUCAAAACUAUGAAAGUUUAGUUGGUUUGACCUGUGCUCAUUUAUGAUUCGGACAGUGUUCUGGAAAAACUGUGGUUCAGGAAGUGAAAAGUCUGUCUGCAGAAUAAACUGCAGUGGUUGUGACAUUUCUGUCCACAUGUUACAUUAUAGCCUUUGCAACCUUUAGGAAACACUUCUACUGGUGACUGCUUGUUUCAUGUGUAUUUGGGACUAUAUGUUGGGAAUUUUUCUUAUAGGAGAUGAGAGUAUAUUGUGCAAAAUUGAAUCUGUGUUUGAAAAAAGUAUACCACAUUGGUGUUCAUAUAGUUCAGAGCAACAGUACCUUUCAGCAUCAAUAGCUGGAAUUAUUUGGUGUGGUAAAGUAUUGUUUGUUGUGUUGAACUGCAAGUUAACUUUAUUCCUUCAAAAAUGCAUUUUUGUAGAACACUCUUAAUUUUUUAUCACAAUUAAUGGCAACCUGUGUCAUAUUCUCUUUGGCAUUUUAGAGCUGAGUCUGGAUUAGAAAAACUAUACCACAUUGGUGUUUAGUCCACAGCAACAGAACUUUUAAUUGGACUAUCUGAAAUUGCUGGUGUGAUAAAGUUAUUUUAAAGCUUUAAGCCAGUUAUUUCUAUUCAAAAAUGCAUUUUUGAACAAUAUUGGAGCAUAUUAUUAAUGGCAGUUUAGACCUGAGACUUUCUCUUCAAUCCUCUUUAGGUUUUGCUUCUCUACAUGAAGACUAUUAUGUGCAGUGCCCAGUAUUCUGACAGAGACACAGGCUAGUCUAGCCACAAACAAACUAACAAACAAGGUAUACUCAAAAAAUGCUUUUUAUACAUAGUCUAUGAAUAUCAUGAGCUGCAACAGGUCUAAGCUGUGAACAAAAAAGAAUAACAUGGUGUCCCAUUUUCCUGUCUUUGCGAGAGCCUCAAAUAGUCUAUAUGUCUGAUGCAUGGAGGCCAGAAACCAAGCAAUUUCAUGCAUUAGUCAAGAGAAUGACUGCCCUUAAAUACUGUUCCUAUGUGGGUUUGUAGUGUGGUCUGGGAGUGAGCAGAGCUGCAUCCUGAACAGUGCUUUCGGGCUUGAGUGAUCCAAUUUAUCCCACUCCAGUGGGUGAAUCAAAUAGCUCUAGGCAGGAAAUAAGUCUGGGUGCCAAAAAGCAAAUGUAAUUAUUGCCCAGUUGGUAUUCUGGGUGAAAACUCUACUGUAUUCUGUAUUUUUGUAUAAAUGUAAAGAAACAUAUAUGAGAUAUGAAUAAAGGACACGUAUCCAACUGUUA